UACGAGAAGCUUCGUUAGUUGAUGAACAAGUGACAGGAGAGCAGCAUCAAUUCCGGCGUGAAUAGCGCUGAUAGUGAAACUGAAAAUGAAACUGUCCCGGAACAGGCUAGCAGAGCGGAGAUGGACCACCCAACUGAUGGCGACGGUGGCGGUGGCAGCCGUAAUGCUACUUCCAUCGACCAGAGCGCAAGACUACGACGUGACUGACAUUCAGUGCUCGUUUGCAUCGCAAGGCUCCAACCUGGGUGACAUCAUAACGGCCAAGCUGAAGAAACCGAUCGGUUUCAAAGGAGCACCGCUGUUCGCGGACGACCGUGCCGUCAACCCGGAGGCCGACUUCGCAUGCUCCAUCAAGCAGGACCGGAAAGACCCUAGUGAACUGAGCUACGACCUCAAGAUUACCGAUUUCACACGCUGUGGUGUGCUGAAGAGAAAUGGUUUCGUUCACGUCCGCAUUUGGUUCCCUCAGUUCCCAUCGGUAGUAAUGCAAUCCGAUCAGGAACUGAUCAUAAUGUGCAAACCACCGGAGCCAACAGUUAUCCAAAAUAAGGCGGCGGGGUUCGCCGGAAGUUUCCCGCACGGAGCACGUGUUUCCGGUGUGGUGGAAGAAACACCCGGCCGGCUCGAGUACGAAGUCGCCCUGUACAAGGAGGCCCCACCAAUCGCUAGGAUUGCCGGAAUGAAGAAUCAUUCGGCACCGAACCAGCUGGCGGCGAUGACAAACAACGAAGUACCGGUCGAUCAGGCCGUUCCGAUCGGAACCAAGCUGCAGCUGCGAGCUCGAAUCAGCGCACAAAGUGUGUGGAAAUAUGUCAAACUGCUCGAGGUAACCGUUUCACCAGAUCCGGACGAUCCCCGCGCUGCGGGGUCGGUUUCGUUGGUCCGAGAUGGCUGCCGCAAUCGGGACUUUGCUUCGAUCAUUCCACAUCAACCAGCACGCUAUCGGGACAAGCCUAAUGAAGUUUUCCUGGAUUUUGAGGCAUUUUUAUUAAGCUCCAUGAAGGAACGCAGUACGCUGUGGAUCCACUCCCAGAUUAAGGCCUGCAUGGACGCAAUGGACUGCCAGCCUGAUUUCUGUCUAGAUCUCUACGAGCCAACAAAGCGUAAGGGUCUAGGAAGGCGUCGUCGUUCUACGGGAGAGGUCGCGUACGGUAAUUUGUUGUCUAUGGUUGGUCAUGAUCGAUUCCGGAGAGCCUCCGGAAAUCUCAACACAACGGAGUACACGAAGUUUAACGAAAACAUCGAAUACACCGUACUGAUGCCAGGUCAGUUUGAUGACACAAGGUACCAAGAAGUACCGGAUCAGUGCAAGAAUUUCGUCAUGAUAUCGGGAUUACUUGCGGGAUUGCUAGCGUUAUCCACGAUCAUUACUUGUGGCCUAGCUUCCAAGAUGCAGGGCAACGGUAAAAAAUCGUCAAUCGACGAACUCAACGUGAAAGGGUACUCCGGCCGAGCAAUCGUCCAAUAAAUGAAGGCUGAAAAAUUUUGUGUUCGAAUCGGUAUUAGGGGAAGGGCGGUAAAGACGGACACUGCGGGAAAGACGGACACUUGUCAUAUUUCAUAAACAAUAAUUUUUUGAAGCAAAUCAAUGAUGGGAAAUGUUUCUAUAGAUUGAAUUAACACUUUUGAAAUAAACUACCGAUUUUUAGCAGCGUAACUGACAAAUUAUUAAGCAAAACAAAGAAAAAAUGCGUAUAUACGCUAACCGAUGUAAUUUUGUGCGUGAAGAAAAUAGCUGGUAAAUCGUCUAAAAACAACAUGUUCAUGCUAAACCGAUGACAUUGCGUUAGUUUGAUCUUUCACUGAAUAUCCAUUGGAAACCUAGUGAAUUUUUGAAUAUUCAGUAAAAAGUUAUUGAAGUUUGAAAAAAUGGUAUCCAAGUCGGGAAAGACGGACACCCAACGGUAGGGAAAGACGGACACACAGAUUUUGAACAAAAUGGGUUCACAACAACGCCCAACAACGAUUUAACAUUGCAAAUACUUCCAUAUUAUAUAUGUAAAAGUAACCAGAAGUCAUAUAACAGUUGGAAUGAGCCAACUUUUAGAAACGAUUAAUUCGUCACCAAUUAAAAUAUUGAAGGGAACCAUUCUAUUUUCUCGCUCAAAGGGGGGAUCGGGAAGGGGGUUUCCCAAACCAAUUCUUUCCUAAAUACAUUAUGAAAUAUGUUAAUCUUUCUUAAUACUGAUAAUUCGACGACGCGUGACACCUUUUUGCGAGUGUCCGUCUUUCCCAUAUCAAGUGUCCGUCUUUCCCGCCCAUGCGCAGAAACUCUGAUUUAUACAUGAUGUUUAUAAUAUUAAAAAAUGCAUAAAUUUUGGAAGAAAUUUUGCAGCACACGUUGUAACUUUAUUAGACAGAGACUUAAAGGUUCAGUUUAUACGAAAAUUGGGAUCAAUACAGUUAUAUUUGAGUAGAUAUUGAGUCUUUACCUUAAGGUGUCCGUCUUUACCGCCCUUCCCCUACAUUGAAGUUUGGAUGUAGAGCUCAAGAUUCAAAAAGUUUACAGGAUCAAGAGCUUCAGAAACUGUAUAUUUAAGAAGCUAGGUCAAACAAAUAUUUAGAACGUAAGGUUACUAGCUUAGUCAGUAUAACUAGCAUAUUGAGAACUAAGCCCGGUUUUUAAGUCUAAGCAUUUAAAAACUGGGCUUACCGGUAAACGUUACAAGCCGCUGCUGGCAUUCAGUAUUGUAGGAAAAGCACUUAUAGAGCACUAACAUGAUUCAGACUGCAUUUUCAUUAGUGUAUACAAGCGAAAAACGCAUGAAAGUGAAUAUGUACAGCCAAACGGCUGCAGAUAAUUUUAGAAAGCAUUUAAAGUUAAAUUUAUUUAUUUUCCAGCCACAGAUUGUAAGAAUAUUUUAACUAAACGAACUGUAUCGGAUGCAUGUACAGUACAGUGUACAGUGAUUUUAUGGACGAAAUAAAUAGUUACGUUAGU